UCUAAACUUCUAAAGCUUUUGAACGGUCGUCGUCGUCAUCGUCGUGUUUUUCAAGUUUAUCAUAAUAACGUGCCGAGUACGCGAUAUCGUUCUCCAGUAGUAUUAUUACGAGUACCAGUGCAAGGAUAUCGUGUAAUCGUGGUCUCUCUGGCAUCGUCGUGAAAAUAUCGCGUACGUGUAUGUUUGUAUUUUUAUUAUGAUAAAUAGUGAAAAUUAUUGUUCUGUAAUAAUCUCGUUGUUGAAGUUCGCGAAUGAACCGAAUGUGUAAUAAUAUGUUCGACAUUAUUCUUCGUUAUAUUCCAUUUUACUCUAUUGCCGUAGCAUGGUUUAUCUCCGUUUUUCUUUCCGGAACGUACAGUGUAUCAAUCACAGAAUUAAAAGUGCCACCUUAUAUAAAAAACGGUACAGGUUCGGCGACGAUAUUAGACUGUUUGUAUUCGCUAAGACCUGAAGAACAAACAUCCGAUUCGGGGUUAGUUGUUAAGUGGUUUUUUAACAAGAGUCCGAAUCCAGUGUAUCAGUGGAUUUAUAACCAGAAGCCGCAAGGAUUAGGGGUACUGAAAGGAAGACUGUGGCUGGAUUACAGGGCCACUGAUAAUAAUGCGACCGCGCAUAGAGCCUUGUAUAUUUAUAAUCCAACGGUGGAAUUAUCUGGCGAAUAUAAAUGUACCGUUUCGACGAACGUGGACGAAGACUUCAGUAUCAAGAAAAUGGUCGUGUUCGCUCCGGAAAAACGACUGGAAAUGUUCCAUACGCGAUUCGACUUGGAAACAAUAAACGUGACUUGUCGAGCUAUCGGAGUUUACCCGAUGCCUAUAAUAACCCUGUACAACGAUUCGAUAAAAUUUAACGAAGUCGUGAUAUCGAGUGCGGAACGAACGAACGCGUAUGACGUGACCGCUUACGUUUUAAUACCAGACACCGACUUAUCAUCACCAACAACCUUCGACUGUGACUUACAAAUUCCAAAUACUCCGUAUAGUAAUAAGAAAACCAUGCAAUAUUAUCCAGGAAAUACGGAAAGUCUUUCAAGCAUAAGCGACAAUGGAGUCAGCAUAAGCAGAAGAAGUAUUCUCGACGUUUCCAUUGUAACGUUGGCGUCUUAUCUAAUUUUAAACAUUCGGUUUUAACAAAAGCGAUCGGAUUAACUCGAAUGUAAAAUUCUCUCGAAAGGAACUAUGACGUUAAACAAAACACACCAACACGUGGAAAUACAAACACGUGCUCGGGGUGUUGUUGUUCUUUAAAAGGUGGAAAUUUGUUACCAUUGGUCUGCUUUAGUUGAUAAGUUAUUUUAAAAAUAGUACUUCGGCCGUGUCGUGUGAAAUUUUUUUUCGAAAAAAAAGGUGGGGCCGCGGUGUUUGUGAUUGAUUGGAAUUAAGUAACCUACGUGGAUUAGUUAAUUGGCUCAUUAAUUGGUACAAGAAAUGGAUAAAGGGGGAAAAGAGUGACGUGUGUGAGGGUGAUUUUUCUCUUUUCCACCGUUUAAUUUGAUUUUUCACGGCUUCACUUUGAAUAUAGAAAUUUUUUUCUCUUUUGUAAUUUUAUACAUAAAUAACCGAAUGUUGUCCGAGAUAGCUUGGUUUUUUGAUUAAAUUUUGAGCUUAUUGUAUAAUUAUUACUUGAACAAAAAAAAUUGUUGAAAAAUUAAAAAAUUUAUUAUUAUAACUUUUUUUUAUUCGAUUCUUUCAUUUAUAUAUUUAUUUUGAAUUUUUUUCUCGAUUGUUUAUAAUACGUAUUCCUUGUGUUGUGUAAAUAUCGUGCAAAUUUUUAUUACGUAUUGUAUUGUUUUGUUUUUUCUGCUUUUAUUGUAUAAAUAAAUGUACUUCUUUUCUCGUU